GUAGAGGCUUAACUUUCUUUCCGUGACGUGCACCACAUAAUGAUAUUCAGCUGCCGACGGGGUGGGAAUGUUGCUUCAUUUCUGCUCGUGACCAAGUUUCCGGCUUCUCGACCUUAACUCGGAGCUGCAUGAUAAUACAAUAUUUAUGCGUACCUAUGGCUGUAUGGCAUUGACGCAUCCAGCAGAAUUUCGAAAGAUUUGGGAUUUCAUGGGAGCUCGAUUGAUGGACGUCCCAGCCGGUGAGCGCUUACAGUCAUUCGCACAUACUAUCACGAAACCUUUGGUAUUGAUUUUUUUAUUUACAUCUACAGCUAUGUUCGACUGGUCGAAAUUGUGGGACAACAUUCUCUCUUGUGCUUUUAGUGUGCUGGCAACAGCAGGACGACUGGUCAUUCAGGUCUUAAGGUUCAUAUACCACAACUGGUGCUCUGCUAUGACAAUUAUAUUUCAGCAAUUCCAGGAGAAACUACGCGCCUUUGUUGGAGUAAUCUUCAACAUAUCACGCACCUACUGGGCCAAAAUGUGUUGCAGUAUUCUCUCCGGUGUUUUGUUCGUUUUAAUAGCAGUCAACAACUGGUCGAUCGUACAUCCAUACAUUGCAGCCGGAGUCUUGAUAUUGCUCGCUGCAGUCACAAAUAUUGGAGCCUUCCUGACAUUAUUGCAGCUAAUGGGAAAAUUUGCAGUGAUCCUGUGUCUCCUCCCGGUGCAAUUGAUCAUCCGGUAUUUGGGUUUCGGGCCUCGAGGAGUAGUGAAAGGUUCAUUGGCAUCCGCAUAUCAGUCCAGUCACUACGGUGGUACUGUGCCACGAGGCUCUUUGUUCGCGCGCCUGCAAUCAACUGGGGCUACCAUGUUGCCAGUUCCAUUGACGCUCGUUUCCUUGUUAUCGUAUACUGGAGCUGUGAUUAUCUUGGGCCGGGAGUGGGGGUGGUGGUUUCAAUGAGGUGACUGGUUAUUGUAUCGCAUCGAAAAGAACCUGAUAUUAUGCAGUUGGGUGAGGGAUUGGGUUUGCGAGUGAUUAGGCGGAAGAGUCGAUGAUACUAUGUACAUAUGUAUGACCUUUGUCUAGAGAAUAUUGCGGCUGACGGGAGCAUCUACAAUGUUUUUGUGUUUUCUCCCGGUGCGAUCGAUUA